AUUUUGUUGAUCAUUAUGCAACCCAAAAAAAAAGAUUUUUCUAAAGGCUGAGUCAGAAUUGCGUGUGUGUGCUUCUUUCAAUUUUAUUUAAUGGACUACACAGCAGUCAAAGAGUUCCUGGAUCCUUUAUAUCAACACGUUCCUUCGUCUUGCUCUAAGCCCUAUAUCACACUCACUUUUGCUCAAAGCCUUGAUGGAAAAAUAGCUAAAAGGGGACAGCAGCUAAUUCUAAGCGGUAAAGAGAGUUUGGCUAUGACACAUCGACUUCGUAUACUUCAUGAUGGAAUAUUGGUAGGCAUAGGAACAGCUCUGGUUGAUGACCCUCAGUUAAAUGCAAGAUAUCUUUCCCCAAACGAUUUAGCUUCAGCAAAACAACCAAGACCCAUCAUACUUGAUCCUUCUCUUCGUCUUCCUUGUGACUGCAAAUUGAUUAGAAACUGUCAAGAAAACAAAGGAAUGCAACCAUGGAUAAUAACCAUACUAAAAGAAGAAUUAGAGCAUAAAAAGCGGAAAGCACAAUUGGAAGAGGCAGGAGCAAAAGUCUUUACUGUCAAGGCAGAUGGAGGAGAUCAUAUCCCAUUGCCCUUUGUGUUUUCUCUAUUGGCAACAUUAGGAAUAAAACGGUUGAUGAUAGAAGGUGGGGCCAGGAUUAUCCAAUCCUGUUUGGCCGAUAGACUAUGUGAUCAACUUAUUAUCACCAUUGCUCCUAAAUUUAUUGGCAAUGAUGGUUUAGAUGCUGUUCAAGAAGAGUUGAAUCAAUUAAACAAUAUAAAGUAUCAGGUCAUGGGUAAAGACAUCGUACUUUCGGCUACCCUAAGUUAAAUUUACUAAGAAUAAACGGGUGUAUUCUCUUUACAUAUCUAUUUAUUAUUAUUAUUAUGUUUUUGUGAUAUGAUAUGUCUUUCCUAUACGAAUUAAUAAAGUACGUAAUGCCUUACGAAUCUCCAGCAGUAGAUUAUCUUGACCUAGUAGUUCAAUAGAAGGAGAGUAAAAUUGAGGUACAUGUCGUAGGAA